AUGGUAUCUACAAAUUCCUCAGACAGUAUUCAAUUAUACGGAUUGAAAAAUUUCACAUUUCAGACCGGCGUCACUCUCCCAAGCAUACGGGUAGCCUACCGAGAGUUCAAUCCAACCGGGCAAAAGACUGCCCUGAUUCCAACAUGCUUCCGAGGAACAAUCAAUGAGACUCUGAAUUUUUCCAGUGGAGUGUUGCAAAGUUAUCGCGUGAUUGUGGUCGCGCUCUUGGGUAACGGAGAAUCUUCCAGUCCUUCCAAUACGGCGAAUUUCCCCGAGACCAUCGAUUAUCGAGACUGCGUCAGAGCUCAGCACAGACUAGUCACAGAGCACCUUCAAAUAUCCUCGCUAGAUGUCAUGCUCGGAUUUUCCAUGGGAGGCCAGUGCACCUAUUAUUGGACUGCCAUGUAUCCUCAGAUCGUGCGCAAUGCAGUGAUUAUAUGUUCGUCGGCGAGAACCAGUCUUCACAAUUACCAAUUCCUGGAAGGGCCCAAGGCUGCAUUACUGCAUUCCGUUGAUUAUAAUGAUGAAGAUCUCCGCAGCAAGAAUAUCGCUCCAAUUUGGGGACUGCGUGCCUUUGGGAGAGCAUACUCUGCGUGGUUGACGAGUGCGGAAUGGUUUGAUGAGCGACUUUUUCAGAAAUUUGGAUUUGAUACUCUUGAUGAAUGGGCGGAAGCUGGUGCAAAGGGCUAUGACAAGUGGCAUCCUGAUGACUUGCUCAUUAUGCUGAGAAUGUGGCAGAAAUCGGAUUUAAGUGUCAUCGCGGGUGGCGGUAUGACCCUUGAAGAUACUUUGCGUGGUUUGACAACCAGAAUUCUUCUGAUGCCUUGUCAAACCGACCAAUAUUUCAAAUGGGAGGCAAAUAAAAGAGAGCUUCAGUUUCUCAACUACGGAGAGUUGGCAGUCAUUCCAUCGAUCUGGGGUCAUAUUGGCGGAGGGGGUGCCAACCAGGAAGAUACCGAGUGGAUGAAUAAGAGGAUUGCUGCAUUUUUGAGUAAUGAUCACUGA